UUUUCUUCCACUUUCUCUCUUGCGUUCUCUAUCCUCCGUUAUCUUACUUUACCAUUUGCAAGGGAUAGAGGAUCAACGAGAGAGAGGGUCCAUCACGUUUUUAAAGGGCCGGCGCAUUUCUUGAUUCGUUUAUUGUUCUCCACAACUCUCGAUACGAUACCGUCAGAUCUAGGAGGAAACCACAAAUUUGAAGGUUUAUACGAAUUUCGUGUGCGAUUUCUGCCUUGUUGUGUCAAUUUGGAUUUUACUUGGAAAGAGUUGAAUCUGUUAUAAGGCUUUUGUUGGUGGGUUCCUGUGUUAAGAUGGCUGCUACUGCUGGUCCAAGAUAUGCACCAGAGGACCCUACUCUCCCCAAACCAUGGAGAGGCUUAGUUGAUGGUAAAACUGGGUAUCUUUAUUUUUGGAAUCCAGAAACUAAUGUCACUCAGUAUGAGAGGCCUACUGCCCCUGCUCAUCCAUUGAAGUCUUCAAUGCCUAUAAGUUCUUCAGUUCAAGUUCAACAAUCUUCUCAUCGAGGCUAUAGCCCCAUUAAAGAAGAUGAUAAGUACGGCAGAGGCAAUAAUGGUGGAUCAAAACCUGAUGCUGGAGCAAAGAGUAGUCAGACUGCAAGAGUUGGACCUGGACAAUCUCAAACUGUUCCAAGUGACACAGCUAAUGGGCCUGGUGGAUUGUAUGCUAGAACACAUGGAUCAUCAACUGGAGGAAGUGGUCUUUCUGCAGAGGCUUAUCGUCGACGCCAUGAAAUUACAGUUACUGGAGAUGAAGUUCCCCCACCUCUUAUGUCGUUUGAGGCUACUGGCUUUCCUUCUGAGAUUUUGAGAGAGGUACACAGCGCGGGGUUUUCUGCCCCAACUCCAAUUCAGGCACAAUCAUGGCCAGUUGCUCUGCAGAACAGAGAUAUUGUAGCCAUUGCAAAGACUGGCUCAGGCAAGACCUUAGGUUACCUAAUUCCUGGAUUUAUUCAUCUGAAGCGCUGUCGAAAUGACCCUCAACUGGGUCCUACUGUAUUGGUAUUGUCACCAACAAGAGAGUUGGCAACACAGAUACAGGAUGAAGCUGUGAAGUUUGCGAAGUCAUCCAGAAUUUCUUGCACGUGCUUGUAUGGAGGAGCACCAAAAGGUCCCCAGUUGAAAGAAUUGGACAGAGGAGCAGAUAUUGUGGUUGCCACUCCUGGCCGUUUGAAUGAUAUUCUUGAAAUGAGGCGAGUUAGCCUCAGCCAAGUUUCUUACCUUGUACUAGAUGAGGCUGAUCGCAUGUUGGACAUGGGUUUUGAGCCCCAAAUACGAAAGAUAGUAAAGGAGGUGCCUGCUCGUCGCCAAACCCUCAUGUACACAGCAACUUGGCCAAAGGAAGUUCGGAAAAUUGCAGCAGAUCUACUUGUCAAUCCUGUUCAAGUUAAUAUUGGCAAUGUUGAUGAACUUGUGGCAAACAAGUCAAUCACACAGUAUAUUGAACUAUUGGCACCUAUGGAGAAACACAGAAGGUUGGAGCAGAUAUUACGGUCUCAAGAACCUGGGUCAAAGAUUAUUAUUUUUUGUUCAACGAAAAAGAUGUGUGAUCAACUUGCACGUAAUCUUACACGCCAAUUUGGAGCUGCUGCUAUUCAUGGAGACAAGUCUCAGGGUGAGAGGGAUUAUGUCCUUAAUCAGUUCCGUACGGGGAGGUCUCCAGUGCUUGUUGCUACUGAUGUCGCUGCUCGAGGACUGGACAUUAAAGAUAUAAGGGUUGUUAUCAACUAUGAUUUUCCUACUGGAGUGGAGGAUUAUGUUCAUAGGAUUGGGAGGACUGGUCGGGCAGGUGCUACUGGAGUGGCUUAUACAUUCUUUGGUGACCAGGAUGCUAAGUAUGCUUCAGAUCUCAUUAAAGUCUUGGAAGGGGCAAGCCAACGGGUGCCUCCAGAAAUUCGUGAUAUGGCUUCUCGUGGUGGUGGGAUGGGCAGGCCUAGGCGUUGGGCCUCUGGUCCUGGUGGGCGUGAUGGUGGCCGCGGUGGGCGUGGCGAUUUUGGUUAUGGUGGAAGGGAUGGGGGAAGAGGUAGUUGGGGGAUGUCUAAUUCCUCUUCUGGAAGGCCAGAAAAAGGUGGAGGCCGUGGAUAUGACCAUGAGACACGAGACAGGUAUGAUCGAGGGUACAGCAAUGGCUAUGAUAAAGGCCGUAGUCGCAGUCGCAGCCCUGAUAGGGAGGCAGGUUGGGGCAACUGUAAUAAAAGUUUGAAUCGUGAUCGCAGCCGCAGUCGCAGCCCUGAUAGAUAUAAUGGGGCUAAACGGUCCCCAGUGCGCAGUUUUCACCAGGCAAUGAUGGAAAGAAACCGGGCAUCGUCACCGCCUCAAAACCAGCGGGAGAGGUCAAGAUCCCCUCUUGGCGGUGGCAACAGUUUUCACAAGGCAUCAACUCGUGAACAGUCUCCAGCGGGCAGUUUUCACCAGGCAAUAAUGGGAAGGGGUCAGGGAUCGACACUGACAGAACAAGGAAGAUCACCUGCAACUGGGCAAGAGAAUACAGGAUAUAAUGGUGGAUCCUAUUCUCAUUUUGGGGAAGACGAAGAGGAAGGCAUGAUUCCGGCUGACAAUGAAGGCAUGUCUCAAAGAGCAGAUGGCCAUUGAUUUCCUUGGCCCAUCCUACCUGCCCCUCUCUCUUUUGGUUGUAUUUUUGGGGGGGUUAUCUUUUUAACCUUUUAUUUGUAGCUUAAAAUAGGUGUAGCAAAGGGGAAUUAUGGUGAUUAGUUGAUUUUUGGUGAAAAACUCCUUUUGGUUUGAAGGAGAGGGUUUAGAAAGUGAAGUCGCUAAUUCUGUUUUGUGGUCUUUGUUAGAAAAGUAAAAAAGAAGGAAAAUGCCGUUUUAAGUGUAUUUAUCACGGGAGGGUGAAAUGUAAGAUGGAACUGUGUAAUGAACAAUAUAUAGUUUAAACAGUUAAUUUGGUGAAAAAUUUCCUCGGUUAUUUUAUUUA